AUGCGGAACCUGCUUCCGGAAUUUUCGGGCCACAUUACCACCAUUAUCACGCCGCCCUCAACGGGUCCUGUGGCAACCAGCAUGCUACAGGACCCGCCCCAGGUUCCCACGGUAGCAGCAGCAUUUAUGGUCCCUGGACAGGGCCAUGUGAUCUUUGAGGAUGUGGCUGUGUCCUCCCAGGAGGAGUGGGGUCUCCUUAACGAUGCUCAGAGACUCCUCUACUGUGACGUGAUGCUGGAGAACCUGUCACUUAUAGCCUCCCUGGGGUGUUGGCGUGCAGUAGGUACUGAGGAGGCUGCUUCUGAACAAUGUGUUUCUGUAGAACUAGUGACACAAGACAGGAAUCCAAAUCCAGACCCAUCUAUCCUGAAGACUCUUACUUCGGAUACGGGUGCCCUGGUAGAGAAAGAUGUUUUGUACCUGGCUGAGCACCAAGGAGUGCAUCCUGGGCUGAAACCGUCCUCUUCUGGGGCCUGUGGGAAAAUGUUCACUUCUCACCUACAGCAGCACCAGAAGCAGCCCAUUGGAGAGAAACACCUCAGAAGCGAGGAGAAUGGGGCCUUGCUUGUGACGAGCUGCAAAGUCUUUUUACCCGUCAGUAUGUUCACAUGCGGAGAGGUUGAGAAGGCUUUCCUAGGCAGCUUGGGCUUUCCCCCACACCAGCCCUCCCACUAUGGAGAGCACCCAGGUACAAGCAGGCAGAGCAGGGAGGUCUCUCACCCUGGGGAAGGGCAUUACGAGUGCAGCGAAUGUGGCAAAGCCUUCAGUAAGAAGUAUAAAUUCACGGACCACCUGAGAGUUCACACUGGUGAAAAACCUUAUGAGUGCAGUGACUGCGGGAAGUUCUUUAGACUCACCUCCAGUCUUACUCACCAUAGGAAGGUUCACACAGGAAAAAGGCUUUAUGAGUGCUGUAAUUGUGGGAAAGUGUUUGCCCACAAAUAUAAACUUGUUGAGCACCAGAAAAUCCACACUGGAGAAAGAUCCUAUGAGUGUAAUCAAUGUGGGAAAGCCUUCCUUCAAAAGGAUACACUUGUUCAGCACCAAAAAGUCCACACUGGAGAAAAUCCUAAGAGCAGUGAAUGUGGGAAGCCCUUCCUUUACAAAAAAAAUCUCCUUGUGCAUCAUAGGAUCCAUAUUGGAGAAAAGCCUUAUGGGUGUAGCAAAUGUGGGAAGUCAUUCAUCUUCAAAAAAAGGCUUCUUGAUCACCAGCGAAUCCACACUGGAGAAAAGCCUUAUAUGUGCAGUGAAUGUGGGAAAGCCUAUGUCUACAAAGGAAGUCUUGUUGUGCAUAAGAGAAUUCACACCGGAGAAAAGGCUUAUGGGUGUAAAUGUGGGAAGUUCUUUACAAGCAGCUCUGCCCUCAGUAAACACCAGAAUGUUCACACUGCAGAAAGGCCUUAUGAGUGCAGUGAAUGUGGGAAAGCUUUCAAGGUCAAAAUUAAACUUGUUGAGCACCAGAAAAUCCACACUGGAGAAAGACCCUAUGAGUGUAAUCAAUGUGGGAAAGCCUUCAAGCUCAAGUAUACACUUGUUCGGCACCAAACUGUCCACACUGGAGAAAAGCCUUUUAAUUGCAAUGAAUGUGGCAAGCCUUUCAGUUAA